AUGAUCAUUGAUCCGACAUUAGUAUUUGAAGUACAAAACCAAAGUCAAAAGACUCACAAUUAUAACCUUUACAGUUUUUGGUACGUUUUCGAUUUUCACGCUGACUCUUCUUCCUUCUUCGUUUUUGGAAAGGAGGAGGCUAAACAUGGAGUGGAGAUGGCUUUGAUUGAUUUGGAUGCUUUUCAGUUUUUUGUUAACAUGGAGUACAACGAUAUGCACGAGACUCCACUGGGAUCUCAUAGUAUCCAAGCUGAUAUUGAUGAUCCAACAACUUUGAAGUCAAGACCACAAACUCAUGAUGUAGAACCUAAUCAGUUUCCCAUUACUUCCUCAUCAAGGGAUCACCCGCAAGGAGCGUGA